CGGAGACCAAGAGGGCGGCCAAGGCGGAAGUAGCCUGAGUGUGUGGGCGGAGCUAGGUGCAGCCAUGUCGGCGGCCCUGCUGCGGCGGGGCCUCGAGCUGCUGGGGGCGCCGGAGGCCCCCCAGGGCGCCCCGGGCCAGGCCAAGCCGAGCGGGGCCCGGGCCAAGCGGGGCCGGAAGGCGAAGGCGACCCAAGCCCAGAAACUGCGGAACUCGGCCAAGGGGAAGGUGCCCAAGUCCGCGCUCGCUGAGUUCCAGAAGCAAGAGUGUCAAGGCUACCUCGGAGUCAACCUGAAGUUUAUGACCAGCGCAAGAAGUACAGUGGCUGAGUCAGUCACCCAGCAGAUUGUGCGCCAGAACCGGGGCCGCAAGGCCUGUGACCGGCCUGUAGCCAAGAAGAAAAAGAAGAAGGAGGCUGAAGGCACCGUGUUCACCGAGGAAGAUUUCCAGAAGUUCCAGCAGGAAUACUUCGGCAGCUAGGCUUCCAGGAGAACACAGCAGGGAAGGUGCUCAGGCCAUCUCCUCCUCUGGCCUCACAGCCUCUCCUGGCCCCUGGCCCCUGGCCCCUGCUAAGCUGCUGGCCUGGCACAAGGAAGCCUUCGGGCCAGAGCCAGGGCAGGGUGGUUAGCAUGGAGCUGGUGAGCUGGAAGCCCUGGGGAGGAUAUGCACUCAGACCAGAGCUGACAUCUGCAGGCUUGGAAGGAGCCAUCUACCUUCUGGAAAAUAUUUCUGACUGUUUUGUUUGCUUUGGCCCAAGUGAGGCCGGAUACUAGCCCUCGGGGCCAUACCUCUAGGAGCAGGAGGGCUGCUGGGCAGGCUUCCAGGGCCUAAUAAAUGUGGACCUAAGA